UAUACAUCUGCUAGCACUAGUAUGUCAAGUCAGGUGUUUUUUUUCUGCAUAAAGAUAAAUUAAAUUCUUCAUUGAGAUUGUUGUAUCCGCUGCUCUUCUUAUACUAUUUAUUAAGUAUACGUAUUAAUUAAAAUGCCAGUUCACGAAUUCAAGGUGGAGAUGACUUGUACCGGCUGCUCAGGAGCAGUAGAACGUGUUUUAAAAAAGUUGGGUGAUAAAGUUGAAGAUAUGACCAUUGACUUAGAAGGAAAAACAGUGCAGAUAAAAUCGAGCCUAUCGAGCGAUGAACUAUUAGCGGUCUUAAAGAAAACUGGAAAAGAGACAACAUAUAUAGGAUGCAAGAACUAAUUAUUAUUAUAUUCCACAAAAUUCCAAUUUUUUUUAACAACCACCACUUUGUUUUCUUUCUUAUAAAUAUAUGAUUUCGUAAAUAUCUAAAAAAAUAUCUAAA